AAAAUCCUUUUUAAAAGAAAAGAAAAAGGGUUAGGAGAGAUUCCUGGAUGAGGCAGGCUCCUCUUGGUAAAGAUCAGUUGAGGCUUUGGGAAUAACACUGCCCCCUCUGCCCUCACCACGCUGUGCACACACACACACACACACACACACACACACACACACACACACACACACAGCUUCCCCACCUUUGGCACCCCCAGGAGGAGGCAGCUUUGGUCCUUGUGGUUUACAGCUGACCUCCUGGAGGGAACUGUAGAUUUUGUCAACAACACUCCACAUCUUGAAAUCUUGAAAAAUAAGCAAGAGUGGUGGAGAGGGUAUGGAGAGAGAUAGUAAAGAGAGGGAAACCAGAAGUGAGCAAGGUGGUGAAGAAAGAAGAAGACAGGAUCCAGCGCAGGUUACGGAGGAACACUUGCAAGAUGUUGCUGCUGCUGCUGCUCCUGGGGACUGUCGUGAGCAGAUGCCUACAUGAUGAGACACAGAAGUCUGUGACCCUUCUCAGGCCCCAUCUCUCCCAACUUGCCCCAAACUUCCACUCUUCCUCCCUCACCCUCCCUGGUUCCCGUGAUCCCCAACCCCUGCGAAUCCGAAUCUGCUAUAUCAGAGAUCCUGCAUCCGGAGCUUGGGAUCCUGAGGGAGCCGAAAUAAGAGGGGGACCCCAAGCCCUGGCCCUGGCUGCAGCCAGACAGGCCACUCAGCAACUCCAAGGGGUCCUCGCAGUGCAAGGCCCCCUGCUUCUGAGUCGAGACCCUGCACAGUACUGCCAUGCUGUCUGGGGGGACCCGGACACCCCAAACUAUCACAGAUGCAGCCUCUUAAACCCAGAGUACAAGGGAGAGACUUGCCUGGGGGCAAAGAUCCCUGAUGCCCAUCUCCGUGGUUAUGCACUGUGGCCAGAGCAGGGUCCCCCACAACUGGUCCAGCCAGAUGGGCCUGGGGUCCAAGACACUGAUUUUCUCCUGUAUGUGUUGGUGGCCCACACUUCCAAGUGCCAUGGAGAGGUAAGACCCUAAUCAAAUCUUUUUCCCUGUUCUGCCUCUCUUAAUCUUAAGUAUCAUGGGGAGGGGAAGGGAGCACAAAGGCAGUUUUAAUUAAUUCCCGGGAUGUCCACUUUCAGGAAGAUCUCUUCUGUGUACCCCACUUCCCUGCUUCCCAUCUACCUUGUCCUGGCCCAUCCACAGCCCUCUGUCAUAGCCUAUGCUGCCUGCUGCCAGCUGGACUCAGAAGACAGACCCCUUGCUGGCACCAUUGUCUACUGCGCCCAGCAUCUCACCAGCCCCAGCCUCAGCCAUCGUGACAUCGUCAUGGUCACACUACACGAAUUGCUCCAUGCUCUGGGUUUCUCCGGACAGCUCUUCAAGAAGUGGCGGGAUUGCCCCUCAGGACCCAGCGUUAGGGAGAACUGUUCCACAAGGCAACAAGUGACACGGCGAGAUGAGUGGGGACAGCUGCUUCUAACCACCCCAACUGUUAGCCACAGCCUGGCCAAACACUUGGGAGUGACAGGGACUUCAUUGGGUGUUCCCUUGGAAGAAGAGGGCCCUUUGUCUUCACACUGGGAGGCCCGAAUGCUCCAGGGUUCUAUAAUGACUGCUACCUUCGAUGGUGCCCGGCGCACUCGACUUGAUCCAAUCACUCUCGCUGCCUUCAGAGAUUCUGGCUGGUACCAAGUCAAUCACAGCGCUGCACAGGAGCUGUUGUGGGGCCAGGGAGCUGGCCUGGAAUUUGGCCUGGUGACUACGUGUGGGGCUGGCUCCUCAGACUUCUUCUGUACUGGCAGCGGAGUGGGCUGCCAUUACCUGCAUCUGGACAAGGGAAGCUGUUCCUCUGACCCCAUGCUGGAAGGCUGCCGCAUGUACAAGCCCUUGGCCAAUGGGAGUGAGUGCUGGAAGAAGGAAAACGGAUUCUCACUGGGGGCAGAGAACCUCCAUGGGGAAAUCUACCAUUCCCAGAGUCGUUGCUUCCUUGCCAACAUCACCUCACCACUGUUCCAUGAGGCCAAGACCAGGCAUCCCUCUCAGAUCCCAUACCUGAAGGAAGCAGAGCUCACUGGCCGCUGCUACUUACAUCAAUGCACAGAGAGAGGAGCAUACAAGGUGCAGGCAGAGGGAUCACCAUGGGCCUCAUGCCUUCCUGGAAAAGCUAUUCAGAUACCUGGGUACUAUGGUCUUCUCUUCUGUCCCCGGGGUCGACUGUGUCAAACUAACGUAGGUACCAGCACUGUUACUUCACCACCUGUGAGUCUUCCGAUCCAAGAUGGGUUAUUCCAGCUGUCUUUACAAUUAGCUGGGCCCCCUGGCGACUCCAUGGGGAAGGGAGAGCUCGAAGAGCUGACUGAAGCAUUACUACAGGCCCUGGUGAGCAGAGGCGGUGCCAGCAGGUGCUAUUUCCACAGCCCCUCCAUUACUGCUAGCCUAGUGUUCACCGUGUACAUGUGGAAGUCAUCUGACUGCCGAGGGCCUUCAGUUGGUAUGCUACACAGGGCCCUGACCUUGACUCUCCAGAAACCCCUAGAAGUACACUAUGGAGGAGCCAGCUUUACCACAGAACACAUCAAGUUGCUGGCUACCUUGGACCAUAAUCCCUCCGUGACCCAUCUUGCACUGUCCAUGGGACUCUGCCUAACACUGCUUAUCCUGGUGGGUGCACUGGGAACCAUGGCUUAUCAGAAACGAGCUACUCUUCGGGUGGCACCAUCUGCCCCUCACCAUUCACCAGAGCUCCAAGACACAAGAGACCCAGUUGGAGGAAUAAGGGAGGUGUGAUGUUACCCAAAGCAUGACAGGGUAGACAGGGCAGAUUAUUUCUUGGAAGACAACUGCAUGCCAAGUCUACCUUUUCUCAGAAUGCCUUUCUCUAGGUAUCACCUCUAUACUAGCCUUGUAAUGAAAAAGAGCUAGAGAAAUGGUUCUGAGGAUUCUUUAUUUUGAUACAAAAAAUAAACCCUUUAACCUAUA